UCUUCUUCUUCUUCUUCUUCUUCUUCUUCUUCUUCUUCUUCUUCUUCUUCUUCUUCUUCUUCUUCUUCUUCUUCUUCUUCUUCUUCUUCUUCUUCUUCUUCUUCUUCUUCAUCUUCAUCUUCAUCUUCAUCUUCAUCUUCAUCUUCAUCUUCAUCUUUAUCUUUAUCUUUAUCUUCAUCUUCAUCUUCAUCUUCAUCUUCAUCUUCAUCUUCAUCUUCAUCUUCAUCUUCAUCUUCAUCUUCAUCUUCAUCUUCAUCUUCAUCUUCAUCUUCAUCUUCAUCUUCAUCUUCAUCUUCACCUUCAUCUUCAUCUUCAUCUUCAUCUUCAUCUUCAUCUUCAUCUUCAUCUUCAUCUUCAUCUUCAUCUUCAUCUUCAUCUUCACCUUCAUCUUCAUCUUUAUCUUCAUCUUCAUCUUCAUCUUCAUCUUCAUCUUCAUCUUCAUCUUCAUCUUCAUCUUCAACUUCAUCUUCAUCUUCUUUUUCUUCUUCUUCGUCUGCAUCUUUUGUGCAAUCUUUUUCUUCUUUUACUUAUUCAAUUCCUUUUACUUCUUCUUUUUCGACAAUUCAUUCUCAUUCUCUACAGUUCUCCAACAGAAAAACCCAUUCUGAUAAUCCCCAGGACAUCAAUGGCACAGGGACGUCUUCAACUAACCGUAAAACUGACUACUGCCAUUUCGAAAGACUAUUGCCAUUUUAUUUUCUAAUUUCCCCUUAA